GGAAGAAGGAGAGGAAGAGUGAGACGGAGAGUGAGAGGAAGAGUGAGAGGAAGAGUGAGACGGAGAGUGAGAGACAGUGAUAGAGGGAGAAUCGAUCACUGAAUCGAUUUUCAAAUUAUCUCUCAAUUCCAAUUGCAAAUCCAAAUUCUCAAGUUCCAAUUGCUCCGGUCAAGGAAAACUUCAUCUCGUUUACUAAUGCAACUUCAAUUGAAGUUGAUUUAACUUCGUGGAAAUCGAGUGGAUGUACAAUUAAACAUUUCUCGAUAAAAUAUAAAACCCAGAAGGAGAAAAUGUGGACAAUUGUUUCCAAUAUGAUUCUAAUGGGCAAGAAGACGAUCUGGAUCGAUGGGCUUCACCCGCAAACUUGGUAUCAUCUUAAAUCGACCGCAUUUUCCGAUGCCGGAUCAACGGAUGCCGUUUAUGGCCUAAUGACCAAUCCAUUCCUGGAAAAAGAGAGACCGCUACUACCUCUAACAUACAAUCAAUCAUAUUAUCAAGUAUUUUUUGAACUCGAAAUCCUUUUACCGUUAAUCUUAUCAUUAAUGGUCGUUGUUGCGGUAAUUGUGUUAAUCUGUAUCAUGAUGAACAAACGGAUUCCAGAUCAAUCUUUAUAUUCAAGAUCACCUGAAAUUAACGGUAAAUUGGGCUCCAGUCCAAUGGUCAAUAUAACACCAAAUAAAUUGGUUCUUAAUGAUGAGAUGAAUUUAAAUGAUUUUGAAAAAACUCGAGCCAAACAAUUAAUUCCUGGUCAAGAUAAUCAAUCGUUAAUUGUUUACCCAUCACCUUAUGCAUCCGUCCAAAUAAAUGGAAAUGGUAGUGGUAUAAUUAGUGAUCCAAUGGUACAACAAUUAAUUAAUCACCAUCAGCAUCAUCACCAUCAUCAAUCAACCUCAACUCUUAAAGUUAAUAAUCAUCUUAAUAGUAAUCAGUUAAUCAUUAAUGAGGAAACUCCUUAUGCAACAGUUAAAAGGACACCAAGACAUUGUAAAUCUGAUCGUAAUCUUUAUGAUUAUCCAGGUUAAUCUCUCUUUUGUUGGACACUUUGGGCUUUUCUUUUCGUCUCUUCUUGGUCUGUUAAUGGCACCCGAUUUUAUUUCCAAAUCAUCAGGACUCAAUGGAGAUGAAAAUUGUAAAUUUAGUUUAAUUUAAUUUAAUUUAAUUUAGUUUAGUUUAGUUUAGUUUAAUUUAGUCUAAGAGAUACUUUCCAAUUUCUAUCAACCAAUUAUCCAAACUUUCGAAAGGAUAAAGUAUGUGUCAUCUCAAUUAUUGGUAAAUCAUCUGUCGGAGCUCGAGCUUGUAAAUCAACGUUAAUUGACGAUUGUCUUGGGAAGAAUGUCUUUAGAGGAAAAUUUUGUGAUAAUAAGCAAUUAAUUGAUGAAUCGCGUAUCUACUUGAUUAUCUAUACAAUAGACUUGUCAUGUUGAAGGAUAUUUUGACUCACGAAAUCGGGUCAUCUUUUUACACCUAAUCUCACCUUUGGAUACCGAUGUUAUCGUUCAUAUAGCCAAUAAAUUGGAUCAUG